UUUGAUGUGAUUCUCCACUAUUUAUCUCUCCCAAACAAAACCCCAUCAACCUUUACAAAAGAGAAAGAAAACCCAGAAAAACGCCAUGAAUUUUUCAUCCAUUCCUGCUUAUCUUCAUCCUUCUAAUUGGCAACAGCAAGUUUCCCAUCAACUUGGAACUACUACUACUACUACUACUACUACCUCUGCACCCACUUCUCAGCUUCCUCCUCCUCCUCCUCCUCCACCACCUCAUGGCGGUUCCAUCCGGCCCGGUUCCAUGGCGGAGCGAGCUCGAUUGGCUAAUAUUCCCAUGCCUGAUGCUACAUUGAAGUGCCCAAGAUGUGAAUCAACCAACACUAAGUUUUGUUACUUCAACAAUUAUAGCCUAACUCAGCCUCGCCACUUUUGCAAGACUUGCCGACGCUACUGGACGAGAGGUGGCGCUCUGAGGAACGUCCCGGUCGGGGGCGGUUGUCGGAGGAAUAAAAGAAGUAAAGGGAGAAAUUCUAAAUCGCCGCCGGUUAGUUCUGACCGGCAACAACAAACUAGCGGUUCAGCUAAUUCCUCAUCAAGUGCAAUAGCUUCCAAUAAUAAUAGUGGACUUUCCCCACAGAUCCCACCACUCCGCUUCAUGGCUCCUCUCCACCACCACCAACAACUCACUGACUUCGACAUCGGCGGCUUCAACUACGGCGGCGGCGGCGGCGUACUCUCAGCUCCUGCCACCGCCGCCGCCGCCGCCGGCGACCUGAGUUUCCAAUUGGGUAACACUAAUUUAGCUGGAGGAACAAGUAUAGGAUCUCUCUUGGGAUUUGACCAACAAUGGCGGCUCCAACAACAAGCUCCCCAAUUUCCCUUCUUGUCGAGCCUCGACCCUUUCGACGGCGGUAGUAGCGGCGGCGGCGAUGGGUCGGGGUGGCAAAUGAGGCCAAAAUUACCCUCAGGAUCAAGGAAUUUAACCCAAAUGGGAAAUUCAGUGAAAAUGGAAGGAACCCCAAAUCAUGAAGCUAACAUUGGAAGGCAAUUUGUUGGGAAUGAACAAUAUUGGAGCGGUGGAUCAAUGGCUUGGUCGGAUCUUUCUGGCUUCAGUUCUUCAUCUUCAACAAGAAACCCAUUAUAGAAACGUUGUUUAGUUCUUCAUGUGUGCCAUCAUCAUCAGCCAAAACCCUAGAACAAUAUGGUGCUUCUUUUUUUUCUUUUAAAAAUCAUAUCUUUUUUGUUUUGUUUAGUUUUAGUAGUUAGGAUUGAAGUUGGGGAUGAGAAAUGAUAUCAUUUUAUUACCAUAUGAAUAGAUUAUGUUUGUUUGUU